GAUAUGCGACGCGUAACUUCGCGCAGCGAAUUCUAUUCUAGAAAAACAAAAAAAAAAGUAAUCAUAAAAACGGAUAAUAAAUAACGAUUUGAAGUGUUAUUUGCGGUUGUUGACACAAAGUGAUUUAGAUAAAGUGAUAUGAAGUGAAUAAAGUGUUGCAUAUAAAUCUAUUUUGCGCCAACCGCAGUGAGAGAUUUAUUGUGGUGUUUUUCUAUGCGCUUUUCGAAAUCGUAUUAAGGAGUUGGAAAUGCAUAUAAGCAAUGCCAUGAACAUGUUUGUUUAUUAAAUUAUGCAAAUUUUUAGAACUAAUAGCUUUUAUAUGCACAACAAGUAUUAGAAGUGUUUUCUGAAAUAUUUUUGAACAACUGAAAUCUUAAAUUGGGAAGAUUUUCCCCAUAUGAAAUUGAUCAAAACCAAACUUGCAUGAAAUGGAGCCAAAUCAUGAAUUUGCGGCGGCAAACGAUGACUCAAGCAAUUCUACGAAUUACAACAACGAACUCACACUUUCAACAAAACUAAAUCAGGAUGAUAACUGCACAACAGUGUUGAAAGUGAACUCACCCGCUGGCACUACAGUGCGUAUACGUGUUCGACAUCCUGCAGUUGCAUCGCAUGCGCUCGCUGAAAAUGAUAGAUAAGUGAGGCAAAGCAUUAAAAUAACCAGUAAAUAAAGUAAAAUAACUAUUAAUAGUGAUGGAGAAAAAUAAACUAAAUUAAAAUAUCUUAUUAUAUAACAACAGUGAAAUAAAUUAAUAAUAAAUGAAACGACAAUUUCAAAGCGUUGGAAGCGUAAAAUAAAAAUAAUGCGAAAAUAUAUUAAAGUUGUAUAAAAUUCAAAUUAGCAAUUUAAUAUUUAUAAAUGUGUAUAACUAAAACCAAAGAAAGAGCAACCAGAAGGACAAUAGUGAGUGCAGCACAAGUUUAUGAACCAACAGCUGUGUGCUUAACGGGUUCAAUAAAAAUGUACAACUAACUUUUCCUACAUUGAAUGAGGACGAAAUCGUAUGCAACACGCCAGCAGACAAUUCCAAUUUGUAUUUUUUGUUUUGUUGUUUUUUCUUUUUUAAUGCCCCAGUCACCGUCAGCUCCUUCCCCAGUCAUGUAAGUGUGCGGUCAGCAGGCUUCGUGCGGACUCGUGUCCAUUCUCGUUGCAUGCGCACCAUAAUUCCUAUGUAGUGGCGUGCUAGUUGAUAAAUUUGUCGAAGAUAGUCAUAUGUGCAGCAAACGCCAUCGAACCGUCAACGCUCGUGGACACGUUUCCGUUGCUGUUUCCGCCGUCGCCAGUGUGGUGAGUCGCAUUGUGUUGUGAGCGUUGCAUGAGUGACAAAGCUAAUGUCGGCGAGCGACCAAAACGAUAAUGGGCAAUUGGCUUAACGGUGCUGGGCAGCCGUAUACAUUGUGUGCCAUGCAAAAGGAAGAGGAAGUGUGAAUUUAGUGGCAAGGUGGUGUGGCACAGUGCGCGAAUGAGCAAUCAAGCAAAUUAUAAUGCAAAUACGUGAACAACACAACAAAAGCAACAACAAAACUGUGGUUUGAGUGCAAAUAAAAAACAACAAUUAUGAAAAAAAGUAAUUGUGCCGCGGUGUAUGUGCGUGUGUGUGUGACAAAUAGCCAGCGGGCGUGCCGCGCAAUUUGGAAAAAUGCCGAGCUAUCUGCAUACAAACUCGUUAAAAGUCGCACAAAUGUGUAAUUUGACGAAAUCCGAUUGAGUUCUAUCGAAAUACGAGCACAACAAAAACAAAAAAAAGUAAAAACUAGUGAAAUAAAUAAUACAUUGGUGAGAAACGGCACAUAGUAGAGCUGCGUAUGUGCAUGUGUGCGCGUGAAUAUAUAGAAAAUCGCAUAACAGUUAGCUGGGAAAACCGCACAAAUGACCAGCCUGCAGUUAUGUGUUUGUAUGUGUGUCACAAAAGUAGAAAUGCAUGUAACGGUAUAUGACAGCAAAAAUAUUUUUGUGCCACUUUGUCUAGCGUCGUUUGCAUGACCAAUACGCUGAGCAAAUAACUGUGCAAAAAAAAACAGAAACCAAAAUGAAACUUGUCUAUCUACUGAUAAAUUCGCAAAACGCUCAUUUUCUUUUUCGUCCGAACGCUCCACUGCUUUUCUUUUUUCCUUAAGGGCUGUGCGUGCGUGUGUCUGUACAUAUUGCUCGACAUUUAUCGUUGUUGUUGUUGGUUUACUUUCGAGUGGGUGUACCGUUAUUUUACAUAUUUAUGUGGAUGACUUAUUGCCGGAAAGUUUCGUAUCGGCUGCAUGCACGAGCUCUUUGAAGUGUGGUCUCAGUGCUGUUCUCGCCGUUGCAGUGGCAUUCGCAUUCAUCACGCUCAGCGGCAGCAUCGUCUUUCAGCCACGUGCGGCGCAUCAGCAGCCAGUCCGCUGUUCACAGUCUUGAUAGUGCACAUUUAAACACACACAUACAAACAUACAACUUUAGCGAAAAUGCCACCGAAACGCAGACGCCGUUUCCAGGGAUUGUACUAUCAUUCGUCGCCGCCGAAGGUUCUACCAAUGAACGGACAAUCGUCGAACCAAGUGCGAAAGCGCCGUGACAUAGAUGAUUUCUCAGUCAAACUAUCCACCAUAAGAAUAUGGAUGCACGAAAAGGAUAUUGGCAAGCUGACACGCAUCCUUUGGGCCGGGCAGGGGAGUCGACUGUGCCAGCAGGCGAGCACAAAUCCGCGUGUCAAGCGUUUCUUGGCAGCGGUGCCAUAUGUGAUGAAUUCGAUCAAGGACGUACAUCAAGCCGUCAUCGACAAUAAUUUGGAGACGUUGCAGGCGAAAAUGGAGUCACCGGUGCCACCGGCACUCAUUACCUGUCGCGAUGCAAACGGCCUGAAUCUUAUACACAAAGCGGCGGGUCUGGGUCAUACCAAAAUACUCGAAUAUUUGAUUGGCAUUUGGCCGGAUGGCGCUGCCGAAACGGAUAUAACGGGCAAAACCCCGUUACAUUGGGCGGCAAGUCACAAGAAUAACAUGCGCUGCUAUACGCUGCUCACGGAGGCCGGCUGCGAUGAGGAGGCCUUGGAUUAUAAAAUGAAAUCGCCUACUUACUAUCGCCACAAGCCGCACGAAAUCGAGCGUGCCUUCUUGGUUUAUGUGCCGGAGGCGCCACGUGUCUCACCAGAUGUCGCCACCGACUGGGAGGCGCUGAGUGAAGAUAUCGGCGAUGGUGGCAAGAAAUUAGAUAUUAAAAUACCAGAUACGAAUGGUUUUCAUGGUCGCACCACUGACGACAGUAUUGAAAAUACAUCCGAGGUGGACUUGAAUGAUGGCGUAAGCGCAACGGACGAGGAGCCACAUGUCGCAGCUAUAACCAAUGGCAAUGGUGAUGACUCAGCACCACCAACGCCAGCAGAAGAUGACGAAGAAGCAGCAAAUGGUGCAGAGGAGGGUGGCGAAGAAGACCCAGCGCUGACAAAUGGUGCGGCAGAAACAAACGACGUCAAUGGGCAUGACGGAGCUGAGGUAGAUGUCGAAGUCGAGGACACUGAGGCAGCUAAAGCUGCUGUGGAUGCAGAUGCUGAGGCAGAAGCUCAGGCUGAUGUUGGUGCUGAUGCUGAUAUUAAGGCUGACGUCGAAGCCGAUGCUCAGGUCAAUCCAGAGGUAGAAGCCACAGAACCGGAGACUAAUAUGAAAGCUUUAAAUCACACAACAACAACUAAAACAAAUGGGAACGAAGAGCAUGCGGAGCAGAAAGAGAGCGAGGCAGCGGCAACAGCUGUGAACGAUAACAAGGAUACAGCAGAGAGCGAGAUUGUUGAAAAUGGGACAAAAAUUGAGGAGAGCGGAGAGACAGAAAAGGUUGAAGAGAGGAAAGAAGAAAGUAAAGAGAUAACUAGCGAAGAGAGUGAAUCUAACGUGAAGGAGGUAGAUGAUGUGAAGAAUGAAGAGAAACCAAAAACCGCCGAAGUUGUAGACAAUACAGAAGAUGAAACAAAAGAGAAUGAAUCGAACGUGAAGGAGAAAGACGAAAUGAAAGAUGAAGAUAAACCAAAAACAGCUGAAAAGAAAGAUAUAGUCAAUACGGAAGAUGAAACAAAAGAAAAUGAGGUUAAAGAAAAUGAAAUAGAAAGCGAAACUACAAACACUGAGGGGAAAAUUGAAGAUACAAAGGUCUCUGAUCUGUCGAUAGAACCGCAUAUUGAGAGUGGAGACGCGCAUACCGAAGAAUACAAGGAACAGACACCAAUGGGUGAGGAAGAGCAACAGCAAAAAGAAGCGCAAGCGGAAGCAACGAACGGCGAUGAGGAAGAGAAUAAAGCUGCAGAAGUACAGCAAGUUGGUGAGCAAGUUGCAGAUCAUAAAAGCGAAUCAGAAGUAAAUGAGUUGGAACAAAACGUUAAUAAAGCAGUUGAUGAGACAGCACCGGCCGAUACAACAGAAGCAGUCAAGGAUAUAGUAAAGGAACAAAAGGACGAGCAUGAAAACGAAAACCAAGCAGCAACCGACAGUGAAAAUGAAACUAAUAACGGUUACGAAUCGGAUAAUGAACCCGCAGUCGAUACCGCAUCCGAGCAUGAAGCCGAGUCUGAAGCCGACGAAAACGACGACGAGGUACAAGUAGUUACAGAACCACAAACAGCCGAUAAGUUGGAUGAGAAUCACAAUGAAGCGAAAUAUGAUAACGGUGAUGGCGCCAGUUCGCCGACCUCAUCGCUGGCCAUUGAAGGCUUCGUGACUGGCGCGUCGGAGGAUAAUAGAGUUCAGUCGCAAUCCGCUGCUUAUGUACACGAAGUAUUAACGCUAAGCAUACAACAGUCAGAUAUACGUGAAGCCAUCGAGGCCGGUGACAUGGAACAAUUGGCGCAGAUUGUGCUCAAUGGUGAUGGUAAGAAGCUGGUGAAUAUGCACUCACACAAUCCGGACAUACAGGCGUUCCUUAGUAAUGUGCCCAACUAUAUGAGUAAAAUUCGCCGUGUGCAUGAAGCGGCUCGCGAAGGUAGCCUGUUGGCCUUGCAACAAGCUUUGGAUCGUCGAAAGUUUGCCAUUGCUAAGGAUGAUAUAUCACCUAAUGGUGCAACACCAUUGCAUGUGGCCGUACUUUUCGGUAAUACAGAUAUUGUGCGGUAUUUGGCGGCACGCUUUCCAGAAACCACCACAAUCACCGACAAUGAUGGACGUACAGCACUACAUUAUGCCGCCACAAUUAAUGAUAAUGGACACUUUUACAAUGUACUCACACAGCUCGGUGCCAACAGCAAAGCUUUGGAUAAGCUUGGGCACACGCCAGAGUUCUAUCAAAAUAAAGACGAAGCCAAAGAUAUACUCAACUAUAAACAGUUAUUGAGCAAUUUUGGCGCUGAAGAGCUGGAAGAUGAACUGCUUAAUGAUCAAGGUCAAGCUGAAAAUGCGAGUAGUCAAAUGAACCCCAUUUUCAAAACGGAGCAAGGCAAAUAUUUGGCGAACAAUCUGGCAGAUCCGCUCAUUAAAGCUCUCACGGAAAUCGCCAACAAACGACCCGAGGACCCCGUUGCAUUUCUCGCUAAUUACCUGCAAAAUUAUCUACACCAGCGCGAUCCGACAGAGACGAGUAAUAGUGGCAAGACAAAUUCCACCGCGACAAUAACGUCGCACACGGGCAUGGUACGUCGCACUGGCACCGGUUUGCGCAGUGCCAACAAUAUAAAUGGCGAUGCGGAUCGCAUUGACGAAGAUCACAUUUCGAAUGCAGAUGAGGACGAGGAAACGCAAGCAAAUGUUGAUGAUCGCGAUGAGCAUGGACAAAGUAUGCUCCAUUUCGCAUGUGCACGUUCGCAUCGACGCGGUGCGCUAAUGCAUCUAAUUGAGGAAUCGAAUGUCGAUAUAACAUAUCGCGAUGAAUUGUAUCGCACGGCGCGUGAUGUAUCGCUGCAGGCAAAUCAACCAGCGAAUGCGAAAGAUAUCGAUCGUUAUGUGUUAUCGCUGGCUGUGAUUGGCGAUGUUAAGCCAUUCGAAAUACUCGCUGUGGAAGGCUAUGACCACAUCGUCGACAUUACCGAUGACAACGAAUUGAGUAUAGUGGAUAUAGCUGUCGAGCGUGGGCAUGAGGAGCUUGCAAACUUUCUACGUAAUCUGCGCACAUUAGAGGAGCUGCGCGAAGAAUUGCAUCAAAUGAUAAGAGACGGUAAUGUCGGACGUGCGAAGGAAAUCGUGGCAGAACCGAAUGGCAAAUGGCUCUUAAAAGCCAAAAACUAUUAUGGACGCACAGCUUUGCACAUUGCAGUUUUGAAAGAGAACGAGGAAUUGGUCGAACAUUUUGUAAAUAUCUAUCCUGACGCACUGAAAAUCGGUGAUAAUCUGGAGCGCACUGUUUUGCACUAUGCCAUGGGCACGAACGCCAUCGAAAGCUUAAGUCGCAUACUCAUACAAAAAGGUGCCAAGCGUACAACCAAAGAUCUGAAAGGACGUCAGCCAAGCUAUUAUUUUAUGAAUAAAGCCGAUAUUUUGCGUUUGCAAGAGGAAGAGGAGGAGAACCGUUAAACACUCAUAGUGCUUAUCAGUAUAAUAGGCAGAGUUGCAUUUUUUGAUACCAAGGUGGCUUAUUGAAAUUCUAAAUAAAGAAAGGGAAGCCCGUAUUUUAAGCUUGCAAGAGUUAGGAGUGGAAAUCCAUAAACAUUAUAAUGACAGGGUUGCAUUUUUGAUACCAAAGUGGCUUAUUGAAAUUCUAAAUAGUCUAAAUAUUUAGUUAGUUGGUGUGAAGCCUAAAUUUUUUAAGUAAAACGUUAAAUAAAGCUUUCUAUAUUACAAAGAAAAGAAUGCGAAAAGCUUUUCUGCGCAGAUUUGAAAGUUAAAUUAUCAUAAAAUACUUAGUAUAGUAAGCAGUAUCUCUUAUAAAAGCAAUAUUUUAAAAAUAUUUUCGAUAUUUAAUGAGAUAUUAAAAUCAAAAAGUUUUUUAGAAAUUUAAGGAACAGAAAAUUUGUGUCAAAUUAUAAAUGGAAAGUUAAUAAAAAAUUUGUUUUAGCAAAAUAUCGUAAUAUUUAAGAGAAAAGCAAAAAUCGGCUCUGUUUUCGAAUAAAACUUUCUAGAUAAGUAUAUAUUUGGGUUAAGUUUUAUCUAUGACACUGACAUACAUACACUUAGCACAAAAAUUACUUUGUUUAUUGAGCGGGUUUACCGAUAUUCUAUAGACGAUAAAUUGUAGUUUAGUUGUAAAGUAGUUGGAAAUAUAUAAUCAAUAGUUGCUAGUAAAAAGCAUAAUUAAAUAAAUAAAAAACUCAUUUUGAGCAAUUUUAUUUGUU